AACCCAUCCUGUUUAAAGUUAGUGCUAUACCAGGAUGCCUUUGAAGUUGUAAAUCCUCUAGGCUCUGCAAAGACCAAACAUAAAGUAUUAGCUGUUUAUGUGUCUGUUGCUAAUCUGCCACUUCAUGUACGGUCUGACACAGACCACAUGUCACUUGUUUUAUUGUGCAGAGAGAAAGAUUUCAAAGAAUUUGGCCAUGCUAAGGUGUUCUCUGAAUUUCUACGCGACUUGAAGGAAUUGGAGGAGAAUGGGAUAGUGACAUCUCAUGAAACGGUAGUCAGAGGGACCUUGUAUUGCAUUGCUGGCGAUAAUUUGGGCUCGCAUUGCAUUGGGGGUUUUUCUGAAAAUUUCAGUUGUUCUCAAUAUUUUUGUCGGUACUGUCUCAUAACUCGAUCUGAAUUUCAGGGUGAUGAUCCAAAUCUGUGUGGACCAGAGCGCACCAUUGAGAAGUACGAUUCUGCCAUUGAGCGCCUCCAGACUGAAGAUACAUCAGAAGGAGUGAAGUUCAGAAAUGGAUAUUUCAGCGCAAAACAAUAUCAGAAGUUCCAUUACUAAGGUGUUGCCAGACCUCCCAGACCCAAUUCUAAACCUUGUGGAGGAGACACUACAAUCAUUGGGGGUUGAGACCACUGAGGAUUUUCACUUUUUACAGGAGGCUGAUCUUGCAUCAGUUUUACGACCAAUACAAGCGAGAAGAUUGGUUGCUGCAUGGAAACAAACCAUUCAGAGCCCUGAAACCCACAGCCAGUCAGCCGUCAGUCCUUCAGUCUCACCUCUCACGUCUUCUAACUCCACUCACUCCUCACUCUCACCUUGCACCUCACCCAGCAAUCUGAUUAGAACUGCAGAUUGGGUUGACAGCUUUCAGAUUCCAUGGGGAACAUUUCCUGAAGACUUGAUGCAGUGCUUGGAGAGAGGGAAAAGGCCAAGCCCACGUUUACGGCGUGAAAUGAUCCGGAUUGUUGUCUCUGCAAUGAUGAACACUUGUGCAUCUCCAAGUAAACUAGAGUCUACAGAAGUUGCCAAAAAAAUUGUUGCCAAGUAUCCACAGUCCCUAAAAGAUGUCAUAGAAGGUGAGGUAGUGGGAGCAGGAUAUCACUCACUAGUCAAACAGCUACAAGCCCGCAUUGACAACGUGAAGCGGCCUUCAGCACCAAGGAUUAAGAGGCGUAAACCGGAAACGGGUGACUCAGACACAGAUGAAAUCCCAGCUGAGCAAAGGGCAGUUGUUCAGGACACAUAUGGCUGCAUAAAGUGGAAUUUGAAGUUCAUGCCAGUCAGUGAGACAUUGGAAAGCCAACAGGAGAAGAAGGAUAAAAUGAAGAUGCUUCGUGAACAGCAUACUUUCAGUCCAGAAGAGGUAAAAGCCCUUAUGAAGUGCACUUACUACUCCCAACGUCAAGCAAUAAACACAGGAACAGAUCUCCAACACCUAAUAGAAGAAUGGCCUUUUUUAUUUGAAGAAAUUGGGAUGACCGUCCAUUUCCUAGAGCUCACAGGACUACCACUUAAGGAUACUUUUCUCAAUAGUGUUGAAAAAAAGGGAAAACGGCUUUUGAACUUUAUGACAACUGUCUGUGCAGACAAGAACAAACGGGUCUUGGAGACUGUAAUAAAGCUGAAAUUUCUGAGAGGGCCGUUGGAGGGCAGCUCAGGUGACAUCAAGGAUAUGGUGCUGCUUAUUCUCUCCUACUUCAAUGAAAAAGAGGAGCACCUCUUCCACUACGUAGAGGAGACAUGCCUGGCAAAUGAAGUCCACGUGGAAAGCUUGCCUGUGACCCCUUGCAUCAUUGUAUGUGGAACCUGCUGCUAUGGUGCAAGGCAGUUCAUGCUCAGCAUAGACUGCAAGAUUGUGAACGACCAAAUCUCCAACUUCACCACUGCCAUCUGCUUGAUGUUUGGUAGCUACUACUGCCUGAACAUCCACUAUCCAGUAGAUCUGGGAUCCACCCUUGAGUUCCUUCAGAGGUGUUUCUUCAACAUCAACCCUGAGAGGGGCACAAAAGUUGAAACAAAGAAGAACAAGAAGCAGCUGACAGUAAACCCGAGAGUCCUCACCCUCAUCGCAGAUCUCGCUGAUCAUGAGUGGAGAGAGACAAAUUAAACUGUGAUAUACAUUUUGAUU